AUGGGCGGGCGCCUCCUACCAGCAAACGCAAGGAAUCUCCUCAACCUCGAAGAACGGCUACUGGAUGAUGGGCAUGGAUUUCUCCUCAGCCUCCUUCCUCGCCACCUUUUCAUCAAUCACAACGGGAAUAUCAUUCUUAAUCCAGAGCACUACCCUAGGGUCGAGCGGGGAGUGGGCAACGACCAGCAGCCGAGGUGCUUCGAUAUCGACGAGCAGAUCGAUCAAGGAACAUAUCCCGUCUUUGCAUUCUUUUCAGGACCAGACAACCAGAACCACAUCGGUGACAGACUCCAUCUUACGGUCCUUACGCAGCGAGAGGUCCCGGGAGCAUUCAAGACACGCGGAGGAGUCUCGCUAUUGACGAUGCAUGACCGCCUGGACGAGCUUAACGAAGUGCCUCCGUUGUCGUGGCACGAGCCCUCGGAAGGAUGGCGCGGCUCGAAGGACUGGGUUUGCCAGACAACUGCCCUGAUCAAGUACUUCCUUCUCGUCUGGGCGUAUGACGCGGGAUAUGAGAGUUCCCAACUGCCACUUCCGAAAUAUGAUAGCUUGCGACAAGCAUUCGAGAUGCUGGAGCAGACAAGGUACUUCGAAAACGCAAGGGCUAGAGACGAGCGCCCGAUCGUGACGUCCGCUCUUGGUGUUUCUCAAUAUGUUGGAAAUAGCCAGGCCCAAGAACUCUUAUUGAACGCUACGACGGGCCCUUACGAUACGGAUGCCACGACGGUUCAUUAUGACCACAAUAUCACACCAACCGACGCUGAUGUUAAUGGGGUCGAGGCAUAUUUUUACGACAGAACUCCCGAAGCAGAUCCGCUGGUGUUGAAAGACAACUCACACGAACGCCGCGAUCCGGCACUUCCGACGCCAGCAAGUUCACGCACUGGCACUCACUGUGGCUCUCCAUUCGGCAAUUCCUUUUCCGGAAUUCCUCAGGACGAGGUUCAUGCCUCGUCUGAGACUGAGACCAGGGGCACACAAUCCACCUCCGCGCCUAGCGCCAGUGCUGGAUUGACACAGGCGACUCCGCCUUCUGCCGUACCGCUCCUAGACCCAGCGUCGUCUCAAAGCUCUGACGGUCUUCAAGAACACCAAGACGGUUCUCAGACUGAAGAAGCCGACAGUCUUACACUACUCCGAGAAAAAGUCGGCUCUGACCUGCUUUCAGCCCUCCCUCACUUGAGUUCCAUGAUGUUCAAGCGCCUCUCCGGCCCCGACCAAACUAGGAUCCUACCUCUUCGUCUCCUCAUUGGAACAUUCACUAAAAGCGUACCACAAGCUCACCUCCGUGGCCAAGACGCCUGGGCCUGGUUCAGAGUCCACGACAAGGAAGGCCGGGCGGCUCCGCGUAUGCACUUGAGUGUCUUUAAUCCCCAUACCGACGAGUCGAUCGAAGUGAGUGUACGGCAAGUUCUUCCGCACCUGAAUCUCGGAGCUGCGUUCGCUGGUAUCCACGUCGGAGGUAUGACCCUCAGAGAGCACCAAACGAAAUCUAUCGUUAAGUACUACUUCAUUCUUGCGGCCGACGCGGGGUUGCAUGGGUUUACACAGCAUCGCAUGCCUAUCAAUGAGUCAUUCGUCGAGAACAUGACCGCUAUAUGCAAACGAAUGCAGGAUCCGAAAGCGAGGACGAUCGCUGCACAGCGGCAUAGAGAAGGCCGAACGCAUUCAGACUUCGAUGCCGACGAUGAAGCGCCGCAUACACAAAUCGAGGCUAGAGCGCCUUCCGCCCGUUAUCUAAGGAAUCGGCCGGCACGACCAGCCGCAGUGACACCUGAUUCGGACAUGUGUUCCGAUUCUACCAACGCAGUCCGGAAACUUCCACCACGUCGACUCGCAAUCGGCUCCAUAGGUGCCACCGGCAGCAACAGAUUCCUAACCUUCGACGCUGAGCCGCUGUCCUCCGACGGCGAAUCCGGCGACGAAAUACCGGGCCCCAUUCCAGAGCCGAUGCGAACGCUUCUUCGGGAGCGCGAUUUAGCGGCUGGCGCAGUUAAAGAUAUUCGGCAAUACAUCACCGCUUUGAAUGACCUACGACGCGCUGCUGAGAGCCGGGUCCGCAAGCUGACUCAUCAGCUGGGCCAUGGUCGAGAUGAAGUGGUCAAACGCGAGCUGGAAGUCGCAGAGGGGCGAGCCCGGGGAUAUAAGAGCCAGCUCGCGGUAAAAGAACAGGCUCUGAAGGGUUUUAAGCUGCGGAAAGCGGACUUGGACUCGCAGGGGAGGGAGGUUCAUAAGAAGUGGGCGAAGCAGUGGAAGUUAGGUGCUAGUUGA